AUGCUUGUCUAUUUCAAUACCUGCUUCAUGGGCGACGAUAGAAAUGCCUUCGAACGGAGACAUCGACCCACGUCAGCAGGCGUCCCAGCAAGUCCGAAUGGGAGAUUCCUUGAUACGUCCUUGGAGAUUUACAAGGAGCAGAAGAGCAAGGAUAAUCCUUAUCUGAGCAUCGGUGUUACGGCGAAGAGAAGCAUGUAUCGCAGCAAUGCCAACGACACCCAAGUCCUCGUUCCACGAGAAGUCGUAGAACAGCAUAAGUCUGCCGUCUGCCUUCUCCUCUGAGGUGAUAUCUCGCUGUUGUAGUCCUCGCUUUCGGAGAACGGAACCAGGUCCAUUACAUGUUGUUCCUGCCAUGACGAGUCAAUCACCAGCGCUGAAGAGAUGGAAGAAGAAUAUUUUCUGAUGACCAUAUCUGUCUCCCAGUUUGACAGUAAUAUCGUAUUAAAAGACACGGAAGCAUGGGCAAAGGAAAUGGGGACAUCCCUGGGUGGACAACUCACUUGUAUGGCGAAUGAGUUACGGGGGUUGAGGCCAAGGAAUGUCCUGCUGCUGGGGGGCUUCCACUCUACUGACAAUCAAAAAACACACGAGGCGUGGAAUCCUCAGAAUGUAUCAACCAGAUCUUUCCUUUCUCUUGCUCGUUAUGUUCAUCUAAAAUAAAGAAAGAAUACCAU